AUGGUCGCCCCUAAUUCAUUGCUGGAGCGGUCAUCCGCUGUUCUUACAGUGCUCUGUGUUAUUGGGUUGACAUUUAGCCAUCCGGGCUUCGGCGACCGCGUGGCCAGAGACGCUAACUCCCCAAGGAGCAUACAGGAUGGCAAUGAGCAAAUGCCAUAUCGAGAUGCUUCCUUGAGCAUCAACAAUCGUGUCGAUGAUCUUCUGAGUCGUAUGACAUUGGAGGAGAAGGCUGGGCAAAUGUUCCAUUCCUCGCUGUCGCCAGGACCAAAUGGCACCUUGGACACGGGCAACGUCACCGAGAGGCGAAACAGCACCGAGUUCAGGCUCAAGACUCAGUAUCUCACACAUUUUAACCUGGCUGGCAACAUUGUCAAUGCUUCCGAAACGGCCGAGUUUUACAAUCUUGCUCAAAAGAUGGCUUUGUCGACACGGCUGGGAAUCCCCAUCACUCUCUCUACCGACCCCCGUCACGCCUUCACCGAGAGUGUUGGGGCCAGUUUCCAGGCUGGCAAGUUCUCUCAAUGGCCUGAGAGUCUUGGGCUUGCUGCAUUACGGUCGCCAGAUCUCGUUCGACAGUUCGCAGAUAUUGCCCGUCAAGAGUACUUGGCUGUGGGCAUCAGAGGGGCCCUUCACCCUCAGAUCGACCUUUCGACCGAGCCACGGUGGAGUCGAAUCGCAACGACCAUGGGUGAGGACGCCGAACUUACGAGCGAGCUAGUUGUAGCCUAUUUGGAAGGCUUCCAUGGAGGUGAGUUUGGCAGCAACUCGGUCACCACGGUCACCAAGCAUUUUCCUGGUGGCGGACCCAUGGAGAACGGCGAGGACUCUCACUUCGUCUACGGCAAGAACCAGACCUACCCAGGCGACAACUUUGACUAUCAUCUCAUCCCGUUCAAAGCUGCUAUCGCCGCUGGUGCAAGACAGAUGAUGCCAUAUUACUCGAGACCCAUAGGGACCGAAUACGAAGAGGUCGGGUUCAGCUUCAACAAAGGCAUCAUCACUGACCUUCUUCGCGGCGAGCUGGGCUUCGACGGCAUCGUCUGCUCCGACUGGGGUCUCAUCACAGACACCGUAAUUCGUGGCCAGGAUAUGCCUGCUAGAGCCUGGGGCCUCGAAUAUCUCAGCGAGACGGAGAGAGCCCUCCGCAUCCUCCAAGCGGGCGUCGACCAGUUCGGUGGGGAGACCAGGCCAGAACUCAUUGUUCAACUGGUCGAGGAGGGCCUCAUCCCCGAGUCCCGUCUUGACAUAUCCGUCCGCCGUCUCCUAUCCGAAAAAUUCGUGCUCGGCCUCUUCGACAACCCCUUCGUCGACCCCACGGCCGCCGAGCAGAUCGUCGGCAAAGACGAGUUCAUCAAGGCCGGCAAUGACGCCCAGCGUCGCGCUUACACCCUCCUCACGAACAAGAACGACAUCCUCCCCCUCAAAGCCGCCACCCCAAAAUUCUACGUCGAGGGCAUGAACGCAACCUACCUCGAGAACCGCGGCUACACCGUUGUCACCGAACCGGCACAAGCCGACUACGCCAUCCUCCGGCUCCGCACACCCUACGACCCGCGGCCCGGCGGCUUCGAGAUGAACUACCACACCGGCACCCUCGAGUUUAACGCGACCGAGAAGGAGCGACACGCCCAAAUCUUCGCCGCUGUUCCCACCGUCGUGGAUAUCUACCUCGAGCGCCCGGCUGCUAUCCCGGAGAUCGCCGAGGGGGCGGCCGCGCUGCUGGCGAAUUUCGGCAGUGGACCCGAGGCGCUGCUGGAUGUUGUGUUGGGCGUCGAUGGUUAUGGGCCGGAGGGGAAGUUGCCCUUUGAUCUGCCGCGUUCGGAUGCGGCGGUGGCCGCGUCGAGGGAAGAUGUGCCGUUUGACACCGAGAAUCCGGUGUUCAGAUUCGGGCAUGGGUUGACGUACUAG